AUGAAGACCGCUGCUUACAUGGCCAUGGCCUUUGGCCUGGCCUCUGCCUUCGAGAACGUUCCCCGCAACCUCGACGAGCCUUGCGAGUGUGACCUCGAGGAUCCUUGCUAUGUCGCUGUCCAGGCCAACAAGGCCGUUCUCUGUGCUCCUAAUGUUUUCUCUGAGUGCGAUAUCAGCAUGAUUCCCGACGCCUGCUCUGGUGAUAGCGACAAGCUCCGUCGUGAGGCUGUCAACGAGGCCUGCACAUGCGAGCUUCCCUCCACCACCACCACCACAGCCGACGCCAGCACCGAGACUGCUAGCACCGAGGCCGGCACUGCUACCACUGAUGCCGGCACUGCUACCACUGAUGCUGCCACCACUGAUGCCGCUACUACCGAUGCUGCUACCACCGAUGGCACUGCUGCUGGUACUGCCACUACUGGCACCGAGGACGUCUCUUUGAGCACUGAGAUUGGUACCGAGACCACUGAUGUCGCUACCGAUGUCACCACCGAUGCUGCUACCGGUGCCACCACCGAGACCUCCGCUCCUACCACCACUGAGGAGGACUGCGACGACGAGACCACCACCGAGGAGGGCACUGCUCCCGCUACCGCCCCCGUCGACACCGCCACCGAGUCCGCUCCUACCGGUACUGAGUCCGCCCCCGUCGACACUGCCACUGGCACUGCUCCCGUCGACACUGCUACUGAGUCUGCCCCUACCGGCACUGAGUCUGCUCCCGUUGACACUGCUACCGGCACUGCCCCUGUCGACACUGCUACUGAGUCCGCCCCUACCGGCACUGAGUCCGCUCCCGUUGACACUGCCACUGAGUCUGCUCCCACCGGCACUGCUCCCGUCGACACCGCCACCGAGUCCGCUCCUACCGGUACUGAGUCCGCCCCCGUCGACACUGCCACUGGCACUGCUCCCGUCGACACUGCUACUGAGUCUGCCCCUACCGGCACUGAGUCUGCUCCCGUUGACACUGCUACCGAGUCCGCUCCUACCGGUACUGAGACUGCUCCUGUUGACACCAAGACCGACUCUGUCCCUACAGGUACCGAGACUGCUCCUGUUGACACCAAGACCGACUCUGUCCCCACUGGUACCGAGACUGCUCCCGUUGACACCACCCAGACUGGCGCCAACGGUGUCUCUACCACUGGUGCUACCGUCCCUUACACCACCAAGACUGUCUACACCACUGCCGUCAACACUUACACCAAGUGCCCCGACUACGUCAAGGACUGCCCCGCUGGUGGUAACGGCCCUUACACCGUCACUGAGACCGUUGCUGUUUCUACCACUGUCUGCCCUGUGACCGAGGAGUACCCCUCCAAGCCCACUGGUUACUCUCCCGAGAAGUACACCACCAAGACCAUCUACUCCACUGAGGUCUACACCGUCACCAAGUGCCCUCCUUCCGUCAAGGACUGCCCUUACGGAUCCGUCACCACCAAGACCUACCCCGUCUCUACCACCGUCUGCGCCGUCACCGAGGAGCACCCCUCCAAGCCUACCGGUUACGCUCCUCCCAACACCAGCACUCUCUACACCACCAAGACCACCUACUCUACCAAGGUUUACACCGUCACUGAGUGUGGCCCUGAGGUUAAGGACUGCCCUUACGGAUCCGUCAAGACUGAGACUGUCCCUUGCACCACUGUCUACGCUACCGGUACCAAGGAGAUUCCUUCUUACCCUACCGUUGUCAUUCCCGGCAAGCCUGAGCACCCCACUCCUGAGCACCCCGAGAAGCCUGAAUACCCUACUCCCGAGACUCCUGCCCAGCCCGAGCACCCCGAGACUCCUGCUCAGCCUGAGAAGCCUGAGUACCCUGCUCCUGAGCACCCCGCCAAGCCUGAGCACCCCGAGACUCCUGCUCAGCCCGAGAAGCCUGAGUACCCUGCUCCUGAGCACCCCGCUCAACCCGAGCACCCUGCCCAGCCUGAGCACCCCGAGACUCCUUCCAAGCCCGAGGAGCCUGCUAAGCCUCACUACCCUGCUCCUCCUGCUGCCGAGACUGACAGCGGCUACAAGGCUCCCGCUCCCAGCCAGCCUUCUGCCACCGUCCCCUACCACCAGCCUACUGGCACCGCUCCCGCCGUUGAGGUCACCGCUGGUGCCUCUCGCUUCGGUGUCGAGAUGGCUGUCGCCGCUGCUGGUAUCUUUGCCAUUCUUCUGUAA